UCUCUCUCUCUCUCUCUAGCUCGUUCCUCAUCUCUCAGUCUGCUCUUAUUCACUUCUGUGUAUGGGCAAAACGGGAUAACAUGGACACUUUGGGUCUUUUUAUGCUGCUAAUACUUCUGUUUUUUCAGUGGACGCCUGCCCUCGCUGCUGAGGAAAUCACCUGGACUUACUCUGGCUUAGUCGGCCAGAGUGAGUGGUCAGAGUAUUUCCCGGAUUGUGGUGGUACCUCACAGUCUCCAGUUGAUGUGAUGACCACGCAGGCUAAAUAUGACCCCAGUUUGAUCCCUGUGACUCCACUGGGCUACAGCCAGCACGGCAACCAACCUUUCACUAUGUACAAUAACGGACACACAGUGGUGAUUGAACUGCCAGAAUGGAUGGGACUCGGGGGGCUGCCGUGGUUCUUUACAGCCAUACAAAUGCACCUCCACUGGGGCAAUGACGGCCCAAGUCUCGGAGGCAGUGAACACACCAUUAACGGACUGAGUGCAGAUGCAGAGCUCCAUGUGGUGCACUACAACUCUGAGCUCUACCCAAACAUGUCUGCAGCGAUGACCCAGAAAGACGGUUUGGCUGUUUUAGGAAUUCUCAUUGUGACAGGUGAGGAGACAAACCCAGCGUUUAACAACAUCCUCAACUAUCUGAGUCGCAUCAGGCACGCAGGUAAGUCUUCUUCCACUUCCACUGUAUUCCUAAAGCACAUUAAAACAAGAAAACAGCUUAAGACAGAAACUCACACUGGGUCAAAGCCGAGGAGAAAAAGUGUGUUUUUAAAAACAGAGAUAGAUGGAGCCUGCCUGGCCUCCAGCUAUAGCUCAUUCCACAUUUUAGGAGCAAAAGCUGCAAAGGCUCUGUCUCCUCUGGAUUUAUAAAAUGUCUUCGGGAGAGUCAAAAACACCUGGCUAGCUGAUCUAAGAGCACAUGAUAGCAUGUAAGGGUGAAGCAGCUCAGACAAACAACAAGGGGCAAGACCAUUAAGAGACUUAAAAACAAAUAAAAGAAUUUUACAAUGGAUCGAACCUUAACAGGAGGUCAAGUGAAGGGAUGCUAAAACUGGGAUUAUAUGCUCUUGUUUGCUUGUACCAGUUAAAAAUUGUGCAGCAGCAUUUUGUACCAGCUGUAGACGUGAGAGGGAGGCUUGGCUAAUUCCAAUCCAAAGAGGAUUUCAGAAAUCCAGGCGAGAGGUGAGAAAUGCAUGGAUCAGUGUCUUUAGGUGGCAUCUAGAUAGGAUGGGCUUAAUUUUUGACAACCACCUCGAAUGAGAGAAGGUGGACUCAACCACAGUGUUGACAUGUGAGACAGGUUUUAGGCUGGGGUCCAUUUUCAGCUGGAUCCUCCUACAAAUGUUUUUAAACCACAUCAUUGUUUCACAGUUUCUUUACAUUGAAUCAUUUACAGUGUUUGUGUUCUUUUAAGUGAUCUCACUAUUUAA